AUGAUGUUUUUGUAUGUACAGGAAUGUAUGCUUGGAUGCUCUGUUUUUGAGUUCUUCACAGAGAAAGGGCUGGCUGUUCGGUCAAACACCGCGUCUCCCCGGCUAGUUACUCGAACAAGCCACCGAAAAGCGAAACAUCCUGCCGAGAUCUGUCGCGGCAACGGGGCAUCGAGGCAAUUGACGGUGGCCACAGGCAAAUCCCGCGACAUUCCCGCGGACCCGCUGGCGGAAGAACAUACAUACGUACGAGUAACCAAUACGGAGGGACAUGAACCAGAGCGUUCUAGACAAUGGGGUCGGUGUGGGAGGCGUGAGCUUGCGACUACACAGCAGAUUCGACCGGACCUAAAUGCGCCCGGUCGACGGAGCGAUCCUUGGGCGGGAGACGGACACAGGGAGAAACCGUAUCUUCAGCCGCACGCUAGAGUUCCAAAAACAAAAGUAAAACCCCAAAAAGGAUAA